CGGCGGCGGCAGCAGCGCAGACAGCGCCGAGCCCCGCGCCGCCGCCGCCAUGCGCCUCCGCGCCGCCCUCUGCCUCUGCCUCAGCUUCUGCCUGCUGGGCGCCUGCCGCCUCCGCCGCGGGCUGCGGGCCGCCGCCGUGCGCGGUCCCCAGCGGCCCCGGGCAGCCGCGCCUUCCUCCGCCUCCUCCUCCUCCUCCGUCGCCGCCGCCGCCUCCCCCUUCUCCUCCCCGCCGCGGAGGGACGGGGCUCUCCGCAACGGCACCGUGGUGCCGCAUCACUACAUGAUGGCCCUCUACCAGCGGCUGGCCGCCCGUCGCGCACCCGCCCGCCAGGCCGACACGGUGACGGGCUUCGCGGAGCGGGCGCGCAGCGAUGCCUCCCCGUCCAGCCCCGAGCAGCGAUACCUCUUCGACGUCUCCAGCCUGCCCGAUGCGGAGGAGGUGACAGGCGCGGAGCUGCGCAUCCUACGUGCCCUUCCCGAAAACCAGAGCUUGGCCUUGUCCCCGGAAGGCACCUUCCACCACCUCCUCCUCUCCACCUGCCCGAGCCGGGAUGGUGAGGAACCCCAGCUGUUGGACUCCAGGGCUGCAGACAUUUUGGAUGCGGGCUCCUCGAGAUGGGAGGUGUUUGACGUCUGGGAAGCCCUGCGGGAUUGGAGGGAGAGAUCUCCCUCGGGCAAGCUGCUGUGCUUCCUGCUGAGGAUCGUCUCGGACCAAUCGGGGCGGCUGCUGCCUCCUCGGCAGCUGGGCUUCAGCAAGCCCCGGCCGCAGCCUCACGAGCGAGCUCUGCUCGUCGCCUUCUCCCGCACCCAGAGGAAAGAGAACCUCUUCAAGGAGAUCCGGGAUAAGAUCAAGGCCCUGGGCGGCCGCCGGUUCCUGGAGCCCCCCGACCUCGGCCAGGAGCCGUUUCCCAAGCGGAGGAAGAGACGGACCACCAUCGCCGCCCGCUCCGGGGGCAGAGGCCACGGGAAGAAGGCGAAGACCCGCUGCAGCAGGAAGCCGCUGCAUGUGAACUUCAAGGAGCUGGGUUGGGACGACUGGAUAAUCGCCCCCCUGGAUUACGAGGCGUAUCACUGCGAGGGGGUCUGCGACUUCCCGCUGCGCUCUCACCUGGAGCCCACCAACCACGCCAUCAUCCAGACCCUGAUGAACUCCAUGGACCCGGAGUCCACUCCCCCCAGCUGCUGCGUGCCUUCCAAGCUCAGCCCCAUCAGCAUCCUCUACAUAGACUCAGGGAACAAUGUGGUUUACAAACAGUACGAGGACAUGGUCGUGGAGACGUGCGGCUGCAGGUAGCAAUUUCUGCAGCUCUCCCCUUCUCCACCCAGCCCAGCAGCCCUGCCUCAUUUUAUAUAUAUAAAUAUAGGUAUAAAUAUAUAUAUAUAUACACAUUUUGGUGUGUACCUUUGCAAAAGUCAAGCUCAAAGCAGGUGUCCCCUGCCUCCCUGGGACCACCCUGGCCAUGAGCAUGGGAGGGAUGGAUGGGUGGGGGAUGCCCUCUCCCCAGACAGUGAGGCUGUAGAUUGGUCUCCCUUGGGCCCUCUCAAAGAAAGAGUAAUCCCCACCACCCACGCUGGAUUUCCCAGGGCUCAGCUGGGUUGAAUGUGCUGUGGCAGGAGGUUCCUUGCUUGGAGCUUCUGCCACCUCCAUGCCUCAUGCCUCGCCUGCUCCCUCAGGAGAAGGGGGGCACACAGCCCAGCAGAGCCCUGAGGGAUUUCCCCCUCAGCCCCUGACCUCUACCUAAGCCACUUACUCAGCCCAAGCCAAGCUGAUACCUUUUUUCCCAACGCCUUUGAAAAAUAUCUAGCUAAAAUUGUCUUGAGGGGAGGGGAUGACCUGGGAGGCAACAGAGCAGUGGCUGCAGCAGAGGAGUCAGGACAGCUUCUCUCCUCUGGCUGCAGCGAUGGGGCAAAGGGGAGGGGGAAUGCUCUUUUUCUUUGAGUUCAAGGGGUUUUUCUGACUGUCUUUAAAUCACUGCCUUGGGUUUGCUGGGGGAAAAGCAAGGGAUCCACAGGGGGACACAGGGGGUGCGUGGAGGACUCAUGGCUGUGGGAGAUUGAAAUAAUUUGAUUUGUUUGCAGUGCAGAGAGAUUUGUGGGACUACUGUUGGGGCCUGGAAAAGUAGUCUCUGCUGAAGUGAAGGCUGGGUCUGAAGCAGAGCUUGUGCUCUCAGCAGAGAUUGGAACAGCCCAGGAAAAUGUUAGCUGGGCAUGCACUGGUUCUGGGUGGACUAAAGUGCUGUCCCUGUUGCCAGUGUCUUGCAGGAGAUAGCGGCUGGUGGGUCCCCUCCCUUUCCUGCACAAACCUCAUUUCCCAGGCACAGCGGGCAUCCAGCGUGUGACACGCAGCCGUCCUCAGCGUGUCUGCGGAGAAGCAAAGGUCCCAAGUUCCCUGGGGAAGAGACAUUUUGCUCAUGCUCUUCUUUUUCCAAAUAAUUUCUAUGGAAGUGCUAAGCUCCACCCUGCUGUCCUUUGGCAUAGAUUUCCCAGCGAGCUCCAUCCCUGCCUAGAGCUCCUGCCUAUCCUGCUCCAUUAAGAGAGCCCAAAUCUUCCAGGAGUGGGUAUUUCCCAUGCAAACAGCCGAAUGCCACCCUAGGAGGCUGCUGCAGAAGCAGGGUGCUUGGACUGGUGCUGAAAGGGCUAUGGGACUUUAGUAACUCAGGAGCUGAGUAUAAAUGGUGCCUUUAAAUCAGAGAAGCCUUCCAUCCAUGCCAAGGUGUGUUUUGGAUCCUUUUUUGUUGCACCUCAGUGGCUUUUGGUACCAAACUUUGGCCUCACAGAUGGGUUGAUGUAGACCAGAGGCGUGUUUGCACAGAUUUUGCUUUUGAUGGUUUGUUUUUUUACUGGCAGUCAAGGUGUUGGUAUGUAAACAUCAAUGCUCAUAGCAAUGGUAGUUUGUUUCAGGAGGAGAUAAAUCCCCACUGGGAAAUGUGUGAUUUUCUUCCCAUAUAAAGCCCAUUGUCCUCUGUCUUUGAGCAUUGCCAGGGCUAAGAGAGGGUCAUCUCAAAGGGCUUUGCCAAGAUCUAAAUAGUUUUAAAGGUCAGGGAAGAGUUGGUGAGAGUCCAACAGCCUCCUCUCCUGAAGAAGAUGUUACAUCAGCAGUGAGUAAACCGUGCACAUCACUAACAGUGAUAUAUUCUCUGGGAUAACAACCCCCCCCCACCAGCCUCCCUCCAUCCUCACCCCACUGAGGUCUGCUCUGCAUCCUCCGGCCAUGGCUGGUGGCAACUUGAGGAGUGAAUGUGGUAUCUGUGAGCCCCAUGGAAUGUCCCUGGACACCCACAGAGCCCCUCUGGCUUCACAUCCACGGGUCUGAGGGGAAAAUCCAUCUCCCUCCCUCAGCGUGAAUGUAAAUCUAUGUGAAGUACGAUGUACCUGGACCCAGAGAGUGUUCAGUGAUGGAGCUUGGUGGGGGAGAGGGGAAAGCAGGUUCUUGCAUGUGGGGGACUGAAGUACAACUUAUGUGUGAGGAGGAGUCAGCAAGAGGGCUCAUGGCCUUCUACUGACCUCUGGCCUUAGGCACAGGUGGGUAGGCGAAUGAGGUUGGCAUGAGCAGCACUGAGGCUUUGUGCUCUGCAAACGCCCUAUCAUUUAUAAAGCUUUCAAAGUACCUAUUUUUUCAUUGCUGUUGGGUGCUCAAUGUUUUUUAUCACUGCUGAGACAGUUGUUUUCAUGUUUUCAUUUCUUUUACUCCCUCCAAAUGUUUGCUGUGGAAGUUUGGGGGUGGUUCAAAUUCAGGCAAGACAUGCACAGCUCCUGGCAGCCCCCCGCUGGCGAGUGGCUCCAGUGAACCUCAGCCAAACAGGUGGCCUAAGACCUGCUCCUGUGAAACUGUGUCUGAGGAGCUGCUGACACCAACCUGUUCUUGUGGCUCUUGGCCAGGCUCUCCCAGCUGCAGAUACCUCUGCCUAAGUGGGCACUUGUGGUGGGAGGGCAAACUCUGGCCCCCCAGGUGAGCCCAGAGCUGUGCUUCCCUCUGCACUCACACCCACAGUGCCAGCCCUUCUUAAGAAAGCAUCGUUUCCUUUCCUGGGCAGACAGCCUUCUGAGGACAGCAGGAGGGUGAAGGAUGGCCUCAAGCCCUCUUUCUGCUUUCCUUAGGGAAAGGGGCUUCAGGGAGGGGAGCUGGAGGAGAGCAGGGCUGGAGCUCUCUGUGAGUGAUGGCUGCUUCCUCCUGGGCAGGUGCAUCAGCCUCAGCACUUGGCGGUCAUGUUGCUUACUGCUUCUGGAGGAGAAUUUCCAGAAGGAAAGCCACCAGCUAUCCCUGAUGGGGGUGCAGUGGCAUCCCCAUGGGCUGGCAGCAAGGACUGUCCUCUGUGCCCAGCCGGAUUCAGAGAUUGUAAACAGCAUGAUUUGGCUCAGGAUGUGGUUGUUGGAGCCCUUGCAAAAAGAGGUGUUGAGCUCCCAGAGGGAUGGGAAAGCCUUUCCCAGGCACGGGGGUUCCCCUGGGUGAGAAGCUGUGGCCGUGCUGUGUCGGGGAGCAACGUGUGGGCAUGUCUGCAAAGGGCACAGAGGAGUAAAUCCUGUCUCUGGAGGCAGGUACAUGGGGCGUCGGCUGCAGGACGGCACUGGCCCAGCCCAGCCAGGGACAGCAGCCCCAGAGCUGGUGCCCCACAGAGCAUCACCCUCUGACACCACAGAACCUCUCCAGGAAAAAUGUAUUUCUGAUCAGCCGCCUCAGAGUGAUUUUAAUGGAUAAUUAUAGCUUCUCAAUCUGCAGUAUUUAUACAACCUUUCCAGUUAAAAAACCCCCACAGUUUCCAUGUAGAGUAUAUUCUCCUGGAGGAUUUGUUUGACCUUCAGGACCAUUUUUAUCUGCAGGGUGUAAUUACAGUGAAGCUAGAAAUAUGAAGCACCUGAAAAAGGCUAUGUGUCCACACUGAACUGCCUCCCUCCUCACUGACAGGGGAAGGAGCCAUCUGUCUGUCUCACAGAGCCAUCCCAGUGGGGUUGAGAGCCCCCGGGGCUGCCAUUCAGGGAGGCACACACACUUGGGACCUGGCUGGUACACUGAGCUCCUCAAGAUCUAUACAACCAAAGUCUGCAUAACACUAAAGCCUGUGCUUAAGCCACUGCCUGCACUAUGUUCUGAGCCCCCUCCCAUAGCAGGGGCAGUCAGAAGCGAAACGACUUCAUGCCCAAUUUAACUGCCUGAUGAUCAGAGGCGCUGCUGGCCUAGAAAUAAUUCCCAGGAUUUUAUUCUCCUCCUUUUGUUUUUUAAGGAUUUUUUUUAAUAAGGGGAUUGUCUAACAUCCCACUCUCCUCUUUUUUUAUUUUCUUUUCUUUUUUUUUUUUUAACAUCGUAUUUCAGAUCCAGUGGUAGAAGGGAAAUGAGUAUCUGGCAGGAAGGAUGUUCAUAUGGAAAAGGGAUUGCAGCUUCUCCCAGGCAUAGCUGCGUCGAUCCCAGCAGCCUUGCCUCUGGUCAGCGCUGGCAGACGCAGCCCUGUCCUCUUUGGCUGUUUGCUGAUGCUUGGCAUGGCCACGAGGAAGAGACUGGAGAGGCACCAGUUCCAAUUAAAAGCAAACCCCAAGCCUUAAGCCUUCUCCUCGAGCCUGGGCACCAGUGACUUCUGUGUAUAUUUGCACCAUAUGGAUUUUAACUCACGUCUUGAUUACACAGCUCUUGCUACUGGAGAAAACUGGGUAGGUCUGCAGUGAUUUAUUGGCCACGCUCCUGUUGCAAAGCAAGCAGCUCCUUUUAGUGUUGGCAGUUUUAAGCCCUUCUCCCACAAAGCCUAAAGUACAUGUUUAGGGAGAGUCACCUGAUCUGUCUUCCACGUACCAGCAGACAGAUACACUGCUGCUUGCACUGCUGCCUCUCACAGGGGAGAGAGGAGAGAGGAGAGGGUGGAGCAUCUCUGCAGGGGAAAGAGGAGAGAGGCUGGAGCAUCCCUGCAGGGGAGAGAGGAGAGAGACUGGGGCAUCUCUGCAGACCCCUGUGGAGGCAGAUCCCACAGGGAUACCAGCAGGCAAACAGGGCAGAGCACCUCAGGGCACUGAUGGGACCCUUUGGCUUCACGCUCCAGUCUGAACAGGAGUUUUGCUGUGAGUUUCAGCUGAAUGUGCUCUUCUGCUAUACCAAUGUCUACAGGGGGAUCAAACAACACAUGCUUUGUGUUGGUGGGACAGAUAGUUGUGGAGUCUCCUUCUCUGGAGGUUUACAGACUUGCCUGGAUACAUUCCUGUGUGACCUGAUUGAGGUGGACCUGCUUUAGCAGGGGUUUGGGCUGGAUGAUAGCUAGAGGUCCCUUCCAACCUUUAUUUCUAUGUCAUAAAUACCAAUCCACUGACCAGCUCAUACUCCCUUUGGAGUAAACCUGGUGGGAAAUGUCAUGGUUUCUUUCUGAGCAUGUAGCAAGUCCUGAAAUAUGAGUGCCUUCUCCUUUGUCUGCAUUGGGGCAGCAUAGCCAUGUGUCAGGGGGACAAAAAAAAUGAUGUGGGGCAAUGUCAGUGAGAGUUUGGGUAUUGUACAGGCAUUGUCACCAAAAUGAGGCUGUGUCCCUGAUUUGAAAGAUAGUCAGGUAAAGGGCUACCAUGUGGACCUUGGUUGGGCAGUUCCACCAAAUCCCAUGCUGUGUCCUCUGUCCUGGGUGAAACUUGAAUUGUGGUGGGAUUUUUUCACUCUUCACAUCACCCUCUGGGUGGAUGGGUGGGCAGAAAAAUCCAUGUGGGCAAAACCAAGCUCAGGUCAUUGAGAGAGGCAUGAUAUUUCUUUUAAGUCACCAUGACCAGCAGAUGAAGAAAUCACAAGUGUCCCACUGGCAUCAGAGCAGCAUCCCUGGCAUCGGGAUCCCUCUUUGGGGUUCGAGUGGGGAUGCUGGGUGGUAGGAGCAGAGCACAGGCACAUGCUCACCGCUAGCAGUGUGUCCUCCAUGAACACAUCAUGGGGAGAGGAGCUGGGAAGUAGCUGUUCCAUUGAAGGGAUGUUGCUUAUGGUCAGGAGCCUGUGACUUUCAGUAGUAGGAGGAGAGUUUUUCUGCCUUUCCUGCCUUUGAAUUAAUGGUUGGUAAAAGAGCGAGAUGUUCCACUAGGCUGGUGUAUGUGACACCUUCAAUUUUUUGUAAGCUGAUUUAUAUCUUCCAUGGUAAAACCAUCUGCAUUCAAUCUGUAAGGCUCUUUAUUCCUAGCACAGCCUCAUGCAAGGUAGAGCUGCGAAGAUGCCUUUGAAAAUCAGUUCUGACCUGUCAGCGAGCAUUAUGGACCUUUGAAAAAUGGCUAAGAUUUGCAAGUCCUGCUGGUGUAACUGCCUGACCAAGGACUCCGCCCUACAUCUCAAAGAGUUUUGCAGCCUUGCACCUCAAGUUGGAUCCAGCCCACGUGUCUUCUUUUUCCUUUUACUGGCACCAGUCUCCGAGCAGCUACCAUGUGGGAGAGGAGCCUGAUGUGUGUGGUGGUGGGAAGGAGCACACCGGCACAGGGGCUGAUGCACCGUGUGGAACUUCUAGGGUAGGAAGCAUUGGGCAGCAGAGCUUUUUCAUGGAAAUGGGUUCUGAAAAAGCCAUUCCUAGAAGUGACUGAGAACAAACCUAGCCAUUUGUCAGUGUUUCACUCCUCACGUGUCCUCCAUCACCACUUAGUUCACUCGUGCAUUUUGUGAGCUCGUUUCUCUGCGUGGUAUGGGUGCUCAUUACUUCAGAUGAGGAUGUGUGGAGACCCGCUGCAGUGUUUGGUGGGCAAGGGGAGAGUGAGGAAGAAAAGGCUGUUAGCACUAGGAGGCCAGGGUGCAGUCUACCCUGAGCAAGGGGUGGUGAGGGGACAGGUCUGGCAGGGUUGAAGCCAGUGGGAGUGGAGAGGACCUGCUCACUAUGGGCUACAUGCUCAAGCGAUUUUCUGGUGGAAGAUGGGAGUGUUUUGGUCUCCCUUCCUCUCCACAUUGCCAUGGUGUCAACCUAUGCUGGUGCCACAUAGUUCUUCACCAUCAGAGGAGUGAGACCCAGGCCUUGGGACCUAUGAUGAUGGCUUUGAUCCCAUUUUUUGGGAAGGUGGUAGCAUUUCCCUUGGUGUUUAAUUUCCUCCAUCUUUCCUUGGCAAAGAGAAAGUUGGGGAGCAGGAGGGGAAAAACAAGAGGCAAAGUUUAGGGCAGGACUGUUCCCAAGCUUAUCCCAGGGAGCUGUGUGCCGGGAACUGCCGAGCAUCAAGGGACUCACAGGAGCAGAGUGGGAAACAUCACAGGCCAGGAAAAGGGAUGGCUAAAUGUGGAGGGGCUGGGAUUUGGUCCUCAAAGAAGUAGCAAAGUUAAGUGGUUGUGUAGGUGGUGAUCAGCUGGGGAUGGGGCAUUUUGUAGGGGCAGCUUGUCCCCUCCUUGGCUGCGGAGGGGAGGUGGUCAGUGGUUUCAUUCGUCCUAUGUGCUUUGAGUAAUUAGCCUUUUAAAUAGCAUUGAAAAAGAAGGGUCUGAGUUUCUGAGUUGCUGAACAUCCAGCACUCCCACGGGCUUCAAUUGAAGCCACAUUUGUCAGCCCUGCUUGUUGAUCCACUUUGCCAAGUUGCUAUGGAUCCCAUCACCACGGGCUCUUUUUCUGAAGUCAAGUCAACACUACCUGUAGCUCCUUUGACAAAACGAAAGCCUCUCUGCUGGUCAGUCGUGGUUUUAUUUAUAUGUUCUUUUCUUUGAUUAGAAAGGAAAAUAUCAAGAAGAAAAUAAAAGGACUCAAUGUUCCCAAUAGCUGUGUCUCUAGUAGUUAUAAUUUUUGAAGCAAUACUCGUAUCCCCGUGUGCGCCUCUAAACUAGCCGUGUAUUUGUUCAGCUUUUUCAGGUCCGAGUGUGUGAAAUAUCUCUAAAGAGGGUAGCUCUGUAAGUGACAGUGUAAAUGCAUUGUUUGUAUGUAUUCUAAAGUUUAAAUAGAUUGUACAUAUGGGAUUGUAAAUGAACUGUAAACAGCAAUCUAUAUUUUCCUGAAUAUAUUAUAUAGCAGUAUAUAUUUGUUAAAUAAGUAUUCUUGUAUACUCUUCA